CUUUUUCUGAGGAGAACUGCUUCAGAGCCUCCAGUGAAAACACAUACAUAUAGAGAUAUAUCUAUAACAAUCAUAUACAUAUAUCAAUAUACAGUAUGCCUGUUUUCAUAAACAGCGUAUGGGGGACAGAACUGAGCAGAAGCAAGACACCUUGAUUGUGAAAACAAAAGCGUCAGGAGGACUAAAGAACAACAGAUAUUCCUUUGAGAGAACAGAACGGUGUAAAACACUGAGAAUGACUUGUGGAAUACCUCCGAGCUGUAGCGUGAGGCAUCUCUUCCUCGCUGGCAUCACGCAAUGUUCAGUGGGACAAAGAUCCCGAAUAAGGCUUGAUUCCAACAGUGUCAUUUCUUCAGGCUUCUGAAUUGGAAUUCUACCAAGUGUUGUUUUUGUUUUGUUUUUCUCGGGCCACGAAACAGUUUGUCUCAGGGUUAGAUCCUCGAACCUGGAGUCUCUCCAAAGGGGAGGAAUCUUGCUCGCUCUCACUCUCUCCCUGUAGUGAUGACAACGGCGAGCACAUUGUGUGCUGAAGUGGCGUGGAAAGCUCUCCGUCUUGUUCCCUGAUGAGGGCUGCUUUCCCUGUAUCAGCUUGCUGUUUAGGAGCCGGACAACAAGUCAGCAUUUAACCUGCUCUAAACUUGGAGACAGAACUCUUUGCUCAGCAAACUUGCUUUCUUGGUUCACAUUAACUAAACUCCGCUGGUUUAAUUGUCUCCAGUGGCGCUGUUGCAUUCUGGGAUACGCAUUGUGGGAUUACUCAAAGAGGAUCAUGGCUGCCUCACACCUGUUUUUGAAUGUGUUGACUGCCGUUUUACUGUUGAGCUACGUUUCUUACGGUCAACAAUCCAACACUGCCAGCACAGGUGAGCAAACCACAAAUCGGACGGCUGCUCCGUCUGGUGCCCCGGAGGUCACACUCGCGACCCCGGGGUCAGACGCAGAUGAAACCCCGUCGGCUGGGAGCCGCUGUUGGGGUUACUACGAUGUAAUGGGCCAGUGGGAUCCUCCGUUUAACUGUAAUGCAGGAAUCUACCUGUUCUGCUGUGGCUCCUGCUACUACCGAUUUUGCUGCCAGUUCAAGGUUCACAGUCUGGACCAGACGUCUUGUUCCAAUUACGACACGCCGGUGUGGGCCAACACAGGCAAGCCGGCGGCUCCGGUGACCGAUGUCCAGGAGGAACCGGAUCGAGACCGCACUCACAUGAUCGUGUACAUAAUAUGUGGAGUGGUGGCCAUCAUGGUGCUGGUUGGGAUCUUCACCAAAUUGGGCCUGGAAAAAAGUCAAGGAGGACAGACGGACAUGACAAACUCCAGGGCCCUGACGGAACUGCUCAAACAGCCAGGUGAGCCCGGGGGUGUGGACAGAGGAGGAGGCCACCACCAUAUCAGAUCCAACGGCAUCUCUGGCAGGUCAAUGCGCACCAACAACGAGCAUAACCACCUGAAUAAUGUCAUGCUUCCUCCUUUGAGUCCCGCAAUGGCUCUGUCCCAGCCUCACAGCAACCUGGGCUUCAACAAAUACUCCUCUCUCAAAACCAUGGAUACUACAGCAAGGGAUUACUACCCCAAGAGCUACCACAUGAUGGAUUACGCACACCGCCAAUCCUCGCCUGCAACCUUCCAGCCUAUUGCUUUCCACCCAAAAGACAAACCCUUUCUUCCCCCUCCGGACAUCCAUACUCCUUUGGCCAUCACCAUUACGUCAGCUCAAGUCUCCAAGCCCAAGAUCUCCAAGACUAACACCCACCCACUCACCUCGAGCUCGGCCUUCAAAGUUUGGGACCCCAACAAGUGCCAUGUCCAACAUCAGGUCCCUCUCAUGAUGCGGCCACAGCCACCACUGUCCCAACCAAACAGUCGGCGCCAGGCCUUCUCCAACAAGCGUCAGUUUAGCAUCGAGACUCUUCCAGAGUUGUUCACUCAGCCUCUGGGGUACAGACAGUCUCCGCACCUCCACCCAAAACACAAGGGACUGCCCACGAACAGCAAAACAGAAGUGACGGUCUGAGGGGAAAGCCUGGAAAGGAUACAAACACAAGAAAGCCUGAUUUC